CCCGCCCCUCUCCGCUCCGCGAAGGCCAUGGCUCCUGGGCUGCCAUGAGGCCUGCCUGCUCUCGGCAGGGCUGAAGUCCAAAGUUCAGUCCCUUCGCUAAGCACACGGAUAAAUAUGAACCUUGGAGAAUUUCCCCAGCUCCAAUGUAAAUAGAGCAGGCAGGGGCCCUGAUUCACUGGCCUCUGGGGCAGGGUUGGGGGUUGGGGGUGCCCAGGGCUCGGCUAGUGGGGUUUGGGGGGGCAGUGGGUGCAAGGAGCCAGGUUUGUGACUGCCGGCCGGCCGGCGAGUAGGUGGCCAGCGCGUUGGGUGGGUGGGAGCACCGGCGCGUGGCCCCGGGCCGCGUGGCGGGUGCUGGCCGAGCCAUGGUUUCUAAGCUGAGCCAGCUGCAGACGGAGCUCCUAGCCGCCCUGCUCGAGUCGGGCCUGAGCAAGGAGGCGCUGAUCCAGGCCUUGGGCGAGCCGGGCCCCUACCUGCUGGCUGGAGAUGGCCCUCUGGACAAGGGCGAGGGCUGCGGUGGCGGGGCUCGAGGGGAGCUGGCGGAGCUGCCCAAUGGGCUGGGCGACACGCGGGGCUCCGAGGAUGAGACGGACGACGACGGGGAGGACUUCACACCCCCCAUCCUCAAGGAGCUGGAGAACCUCAGCCCCGAGGAGGCUGCCCACCAGAAGGCGGUGGUGGAGACCCUGCUGCAGGAGGACCCAUGGCGCGUGGCAAAGAUGGUCAAGUCCUACCUGCAGCAGCACAACAUCCCACAGCGGGAGGUGGUGGACACCACUGGCCUCAACCAGUCCCACCUGUCCCAGCACCUCAACAAGGGGACACCCAUGAAGACGCAGAAGCGUGCUGCCCUGUACACCUGGUACGUCCGCAAGCAGCGAGAGGUGGCGCAGCAGUUCACCCACGCAGGGCAGGGCGGGCUGAUUGAAGAGCCCACUGGUGAUGAGCUGCCUACCAAGAAGGGGCGGAGGAACCGUUUCAAGUGGGGUCCAGCCUCCCAGCAGAUCCUGUUCCAGGCCUAUGAGAGGCAGAAGAACCCUAGCAAGGAGGAGCGAGAGACCUUGGUGGAGGAGUGCAAUCGGGCAGAAUGCAUCCAGAGAGGGGUGUCACCAUCACAGGCGCAGGGACUGGGCUCCAACCUCGUCACCGAGGUGCGCGUCUACAACUGGUUUGCCAACCGGCGCAAGGAAGAAGCUUUUCGGCACAAGCUAGCCAUGGACACGUACAGCGGACCCCCACCAGGGCCAGGCCCAGGGCCUGCGCUGCCAGCCCACAGCUCCCCUGGCCUGCCGCCACCAGCUCUCUCCCCCAGUAAGGUCCAUGGCGUGCGCUAUGGACAGCCUGCGGCCAGUGAGGCGGCUGAGGUGCCCUCGAGCAGUGGUGGCCCCUUAGUGACAGUGUCUACACCCUUGCACCAAGUGUCUCCCACAGGCCUGGAGCCCAGCCACAGCCUGUUGAGCACUGAAGCCAAGCUGGUCUCAGCUACUGGGGGCCCUCUGCCCCCUGUCAGCACCCUGACAGCCCUUCACAGCUUGGAGCAGACAUCCCCAGGCCUCAACCAGCAGCCCCAGAACCUCAUCAUGGCCUCGCUGCCUGGCGUCAUGGCCAUUGGGCCCGGUGAGCCUGCCUCUCUGGGCUCCACGUUCACCAACACAGGUGCCUCCACCCUGGUCAUUGGCCUGGCCUCCACUCAGGCCCAGAGUGUGCCUGUCAUCAACAGCAUGGGCAGCAGCCUGACCACGCUGCAGCCAGUCCAGUUCUCCCAGCCGCUGCACCCCUCUUACCAGCAGCCUCUCAUGCCACCUGUGCAGAGCCACGUAGCCCAGAGUCCCUUCAUGGCCACCAUGGCCCAGCUGCAGAGCCCCCAUGCCCUCUACAGCCACAAGCCUGACAUGGCCCAGUACACACACACAGGGCUGCUUCAGCAGACCAUGCUGAUCACGGACACCACCAACCUGAGCGCCCUCACCAGCCUCACACCCACCAAGCAGGUAAGGCCCGGGCCUGCCUGGCCUCCUAGUCCUCUGAGCCUUCCACUUCUUGCCCCAGGAGCUCAGAGGGCUGUUCUGGUCUCCCAGGUCUUCACCUCAGAUACUGAGGCUUCCAGUGAGCCGGGGCUUCAGGCGCCAGCAUCUCCGGCCACCGCCGUCCACAUUCCUAGCCAGGACCCUGCCAGCAUCCAGCACCUGCAGCCUGCCCACCGGCUCAGCAGCAGCCCCACUGUGUCCUCCAGCAGCCUGGUGCUGUACCAGAGCUCUGACUCCACCAACGGCCACAGCCACCUGCUGCCAUCCAACCACAGUGUCAUUGAGACCUUCAUCUCCACUCAGAUGGCUUCUUCCUCCCAGUAACUAUGGCAACUACCUCCCAGGUGCUGGAGCCUGCACUGCCAGCUUGGGGAGUGAGGACAGCAGCCACCAUAGAUGCCUUGGGUACACAGGCCUCGCAAGCUUCUGCUGCCCUCCCUGGAAGCCUGUGCCUUGGUCCUCACCUCGUUCUGCCAACAUCACAAUGGGACAGAUCAGAGGUGUCCCAACCUGAGGGCAGUGAGUUGCACAAGAGGGGUUCAUGGAGAGCUGGGCAGCAGAGCUUGUUUCUGGCAGGACUCUGCAGGGACUAUUCCAUUGCUUGGGAUAAAAGAUUUGUUACUUGGAAGCAGAGCAGGCAGCUCUGGACUCUGGUAGCACCAGUGUGAACUUGCGGGAAGCCCUGGGGCUAAACAAGAAUGAACCCUGGUGGUCAGACCAAGAGGCCCUGGCUCCACGUGGUCAUGUUGUCAUGAUGCACCCACCAGGCCACUCCACCCUGCCUAGCACCUGCCAGCCACAGAGCCCAUGCCCUUUGUUGCCCUUCCUCAGUGGCUGCUCUGUGCCAGGGCUGGGAGCGCCGAUGCCCUUGGUGAGGGCGCUUAAGCUAAUGAGGCCGACAAGCAGGGCUUUCCCAGCCUCCUUCUUUCUGAGCCAUCCCUCCUCAGACCGUAGGGCCAUUUUCAUGAACAUUUGUUCCCCUGCCCAUCACGCCUUCUGAUGCCAGCCUGGUAUUGUGUCUCCACUAGUAAGACCACUUCAGGGCUAAGAAGCUGUCCUUGCUCUUGUGGGUUCCCUAUGACUCGUGCCAGGUCCGAGUCCCCAGGCAGAAGCUCCUGUAGACUUAGGGACCUCUAGGCCCUUUCUGUGUCUCAGAGACACUGCUGAGGUCAGCAGGGCGAGAAGGGAGAUCGGCAGACAGAAGCCUCUGGGAGCCCAGGUAACUGGAAGCCACCCCAAGUCUUCAGGGACACUGGGUGGGACAAAGUAGUCCUGUGAACCCAGGGAAGGUAUGACCUCACCUCCUUGGGCCCACCCAAGGAGGGACGCAGGGAGCUGUGCCCCUGCAGUUUGUAGCCAGUUAUGGGUGAGGCUGGACAUUUAUUUAACUUUAGUAAAGUCAAUGAGAACACAUACUUUCUGUUGUCCUUGAGCCACCAGCUGGGGGUGGGGCAGGCAGGCAGAGGGACAAGGUGGAUGGGGUCUGAGCAGGCACAGCUCCAGGUAUACUCUCUCACAGGAUCUUCCUUUUGGUAGUACUAGAGAUUGAACUCAGGGCCUUUGCACUGAACUACAUCCUCGGCCUUUUAAAAUAUUUUUAUUU